GUUGCGCUUUGCGUUGCUUGUCCACCGUUCGCGCGAUCGCGGUCGUCGUAGAAAAUCGUUUUCGUUUUUUUUAAAAUUAUUUAUUUAUUUAUUUAAUUUUUUUGAUUUCCCUCCCGCGGUCGGUAAAUCGACGGUCGAUGACAGAGUGGUCUGCCGUUCGGCAUAGGCGCAUCCGAUUUUAGACGAAAGUAAUAAAACUAUAAUUCAUUAACGUCCGUCAGAUGCAAGAAGGUUGUUCUUGCAUAAAUAUAUAUAGAUAAGAAAAAGAAAGCAUGGGCAAAAGGAACUCAAAACUGAAGCAAGAUACAAUCGACAAAUUAAUAGAAGACACGUAUUUUUCGGAAAAAGAAAUCAGACAAUGGCACAAAGGUUUUCUAAAGGAUUGCCCAAACGGACUACUGACGGAACAAGGAUUUAUAAAAAUAUACAGACAGUUUUUCCCGCAAGGUGAUCCAACAAAAUUUGCAUCACUUGUAUUCAGAGUGUUUGACGAAAAUAAAGAUGGUUCUAUAGAGUUUGAAGAAUUCAUCAAAGCUCUAUCAGUAACGUCCAGAGGAAAUUUGGACGAGAAACUUCACUGGGCUUUCCGUCUGUACGAUGUCGACAACGACGGUUUUAUAACCCGAGACGAGAUGUACAACAUCGUAGACGCCAUAUAUCAGAUGGUGGGUCAACAACCCCAAGCCGAAGACGAAAAUACCCCACAGAAACGAGUAGAUAAAAUAUUCGAUCAAAUGGAUAAAAAUCACGAUGACAAACUUACGCUGGAAGAGUUCAGGGAGGGAAGCAAGGCAGAUCCGAGAAUCGUGCAAGCACUUUCGCUCGGUGGCGACCACAACAAUGCUGCAGCUCCCCAAGCAGCCACCACAUAAGUCUGUCGGAUAAGAGUUUUUUUUUCUACAUAUUGACUUUGUUAUUUAUAUUUUUGUGUCUAAUUUUUUAACCUCUUUGCAUUAUAUUAUAAUAAUAAUAAUAUUGUAAUUUUUCUUAUAACAUACUUAAACAUUUCUAUAAGUGUUCGUAUGUAAUUUACUAUGCCUCAUAAUUUAGUUUUACUUUAUAGUUAUAAAAAUAAGGUUAUUCUUUAUCCACCUUAGUGGUUAUACGUACAUUAUGAUAUUAUUAUGUAGUAUUU